UGUUACUGAUAUAUCAGUUGCAAGUAAACUGGCAUCGACUGUUUCAUUCAGGAAGAGUAAAACUGAUACAUUUAACUCGAAUCGAUUGACGCCAAUUUCUUCAUUUAUACAUACAACCGCUUUUAUGAGUAAACUAAGUAGCGAUCAAUCAUCUUCUUUAGCGCACAACAGUGGGAGUACAGCGUCAUUCCUUGAAAUUUCCAGUGUUUUCCUUGAUACAUCAAAUUCCAAUCGAUUGAUGUCUUCAUCUGAAAGUACACCCGCGUUCAUGAGUAUACUAAGUAGCGAAGUCUCUUCUUCUUUAGCACAAAACAGUGAAAGUAAAGUGACAUUCCUUCAAGCUUCCAGUAUUUCCCGUGAUACAUCAAAUGCGAAUCGAUUAACUUCUUCAUUUGAAAUUACAACAGCGCUUAUAAGUACAUUAAAUAACGAUCAUUCAUCUUCUUUAGCCCAAAGCAGUGAAAGUACAGUGACAUUUCUUCAAGCUCCCAGUGUUGUCCCCACAUACUCUUUUUCGUCUGCACUGACGAAUCUUUUCACGCAAACUAGCCAAAUUUCAAGCAGCACAACACUUUUAAAAUCGGAUAUCGUUGGCACAGCUUUUACACCGUCGGCAACGUUCAGUUUACAAGGAUCAACAUCUGUGUCUUUUGCGAUUUCACCGACACCAGCUUCGAGUGUUGUUGAGUCCUGGUCAGAUACUAUGAAUACUGCUGAACUAUAUCCUGUCUCGUCACCAGAUUCACCUAUAUCAACGCUAUAUGGAAGUAUGUCAUCUAAUGUUGAAUCAAGCUUCUCGACGACAGUGGCCAACUAUUCAGGUGUCAUCAUCAGCAGUACAACUGACGCAGUAAAUGUAACUUUAAACUCAACCGAUAUGUCCACGUUUUUAGCCACAGAAAAGCUGACACCUGCAAGUACCUCUAAUUCAUUGAUGUCAACACAUUUUAAAAACAUAUCUGCCACUAAAACAUCUUCAGAAAAUAUGUACAGCUCGCAUGCUGUCUCCACACCAGAGCCGACACGUACGACAGAAAAUGCUACAACAGCAAGAGAAAAGAAUUGGGUCAAAACUGUUUUAAAGGUUCAGAAAAAUAUAAAUGUGAGCGAUCCAACGUUCCGGAUGGAAACAGAGCAGGGUUUGGCGAAAGCCUACAGUGAGGCGUUCCUGCGUGAGAAACUGAUUGCGGAAGGACAGUUUGAUCCGCUAGAGGACCGGAAGAGACGUAAGCGGUACACGACUGUCGGUGACGCUGCCGUACAUGUGCACGAGUUAUUGCGGACGGCAGGGAGCAGCGCGGUGACGGCUGUGUACACGGUCGAGAGGCAGGGCCGCGUGAUGGAUGCAGAGGAGGCGGUGGCAGCUCUCGUCACCCUCGACACACAGGAGCUAGCAAUUAUCCUGAGACAGGUUGUCGCGGUCAAGGCCGAGACUUACAUUCCGACGACGACACAGACGACACCUACAAGUGACGAAUCUCAGAUCUGGCUAAUCGCUGCGAUAGCCGGUGGUGCUGGUGGAGCCUUGCUAAUUGUGUUUAUCACCAUCUGCAUCUACUGCAAGUGUUGCCGACACAAGCCUGUAGGAAACGAUGAUGGAGAUCCUGAACUCAUGUCCAUCGAGGAGCCUGCACCGAGAAAGCGUUCACUACCGCCAUCACCGUCGAAAAGACCGCUACCUCGCCAACGAAGCAGCGUGACUGCUAUAAUUCCGACAAAACUGAGGUCAUACGCGCCGGAGAAUCCGGAACUUUCUGAAUCUGGACAUGGACGGGACGAGGAGGAACAUCUUUUAUAUCCACCGCCUAUAAAACACAGCACUCCGUCGAAGGGAAGGUUAUAUAUCCCUGUUGAGAAGAGUUGCACGCCUCCGCCAUCAGCCCGGGACCUCGCACCUCCGGCACAACGCAGCAGGAGGGAAAGUCGGAACAGCAUCAGUCCUGCAACGGAGUUUAUGGAGUUAGCCACAAGUAGUAUGCAUUCAGAAGGCCUGCAGCCGGAUAGAGCCGACAUGUUCCAAACCAGUUUUACAGAGGAUAAUGAACAUGUCAAACAACAUCUGCAUGAAGAGAAGAAGAAAAAUAAAGUCAAACUCAGGGGACAACACGCCGAUAUGAACGGUGAUGUUACAGCGAUGAAUGAGACCAUUCUCGGAAUGCAAAAUACAUCCGUCCCGCAUCUUGUCAUUGAAAGUGGGAGACUAGUACGAGACAAUACGACUGAACAAGAAGAACCACCAGACAACGGGAAAUCUGGGGAUGAAAACAUUGCAGAAGCGAGAAAGCGAAUGCACAGGCUUCUUGACGAUGCGUUUUCUCUUAUAUCGCCAGGAAAUUCUUUUAGCGAAAAAGACUUGAGGAUACAACAACAGAAUAAAACAGAUGAAAAUAAAGAGAAAGAAAAACAAGCAUCUAAUACCACACCUGUGCAACCUGAACUUAAAAAUGCUCUCGUUUCGUCACAAUCAGACGUACCAACAGCGAAACCGGAUGGCCAGGGAUACACAAACCCCGCGUAUAAGGCUCUUUACGGUGACUACUUGGAAACGUGGAGUCCACAUCGAGCUUACGACCAGGUCGCCCUCAUAUCCAUGCCAAAUAAAAUGGACAUACCUGUUACGAAACUUGGACAGAAAUCGAAUAACAACCUAAAAGGGAGAAGACCAGCAACAGACUUAAAUGUGCUUGACUUACAAGAUACAACUACUAUAGAUGGGUCCACAUAUACAAAAGAUCCAGGCAAACCAAUCCUUUUACGUACAAAAGAGGAAAGACCUAGCUCUGGAAAGCCGCCUCAAUUAACAAACAACUAUGUUGAUGAGAGGACAUCUAAAUUCAGCUUCAACGGCAGUGUUCCGCAAUCCAGGAGCUCUUCUGGUGUAAAUACGGGUUUUAGAAACACUUCAAAGGAUCACCACGUUGUUAAAUCUGAAACCAAUGCAAAAGAAAAUCGCCGAGAAAGCGAUUCACUUCAACAACACAGGAGACCCGAAAGAAAUAUAGCAAACAAAGAUGUAGUCGACAUCGUCUCGGAUAUUAAUAGUGAAGAGAAGAAUGAACGCUUGAUUAAAAGUAUUCGUGACGAACUAAGAAGCACCAAAGUAGAAAAAGAGGAGGAUAUCAAUAAAAAACCAAUAAGACGGCGAAGCAGGAAGGUUAAAAAGCCAAUGACAGAUGUGUGAGGGAACAGUUUGAACUGCAUUUUUAAUUAAAAGUUAGCAUAUGAAAGAAAUUAUUUACAUACAUUAUGCACAUUUAUGAUGUUAUAUGCUGUGAUGUGUUUGAACAAAAGAUAUUCUAUUCAUUCUUAUUCUUUACAUCGAAAUAUAACUUUAAUUUAUGAAAUAAAUUAGCGUUAUCGAUUUAUUUUUAUCGCGUUUAUGAUGUAGAUACUAACUCAUUAAUAUAUCAAGUCCUAAUAAUUAUAAUAUAAUAAAAGUGUCAUUUGUUGUUAAACGUUAAAUAUGAUAACCAUAUCAUAUAAUUCAUUUUUAAUUGUGCAAUAACUUGUAAUAAAACAAUAUGAUUCCUGGGCGAAAGUAGCAAAUGUUGUUGAACGUACUUCAGAUCCACUACACGGACGGCUGUGCAAAC